AUGGCCGCCGCCGAGGAGGCGACGGAGCACGCCUGGCGCGACCCCGAGCGCGUGCGGAGCUUCUUCGAGCUGCGGGAGCAGCGGCGCGAGGUGAGCGCGGACUACGUCCAGAGCGGCGCGUUCGAGCUGACGACGCGCGACGACAACGACCACACGUUCCACGGCAUCGUCUUCAACGUCGAGCUCACGGGGAGCGUGCCCGUGGAGUGGCUCGACGUCUGCGGCGUGAGCGUCCGCGGCGCGCUCGGCGAGGUCAAGGUGCUGUCCGCGGCGGGCGGCUUCGAGCCGAAUCUGACGCUCGACGACCGGCCGGAGAUGCGGCGCUACUUCUCGCCGCUGAAGCCGCCGAACGAGUGGAAGCUGCGCUUCGCGGGCGACGUGCCCGCCGCGCCGCGCGAGCCGCGCGAGCUGCCGUUCGCGCAGCCCGCGCGGCUCGCGCCGCGGGACGCGGGCGACGCCGACGGCGCCGCGCGGCACCGUUUGGGCGUCUACGUCCACGCGGAGAGCUCCGACGGCGUCGUCUACAACAACCAGCGCCACCGCGGCGUCACGCUCGAGGACGCGCACGUGCGGAUCCUGUCCGGCGUGGCCCACACGGGCGGCGCGCCCUUCGCGCGCGUGGGCUACUGGGGCGACGUCGCCUGGCGGCCGCGGCGCGAGUUCGUCGGGGCCGUCAAGUACGAGGUGCGGCUGCUGCUGUGGACGCCGGACGCGCACGGCCGCUUCGGCGCGGGCUUCCGACGCCUCGUGAAGACGUUCUUGUUGUGCCGCGCGUCGCACGUGCUCCGCGAUUCGGGCGCGUGCGGCCUCGGCCACCUGCCGCUCGAGGCGCUCUACUACUGCCUCGCCUUCGCGCGCCACGACUGGGCGCCCGACGACGACGCGCCGGCGGCGGACGACGCGGCGAGCGACGGCGACGAGGCCUGGGAGGUGCGGCGCGACGCCUACGGGAGCCGCGUGCUCGUGCCCCGGAGCCAGUGCACGAACGACGACACGGACGACGACGACGACGACGACAUGGACGACGACAUGGACGACGACGACGACGACGACGACUACUACGACGACGACGACCAGGACUUCGUCGACGACGACGACGACGACGACGACGACGACGAGCUCCCCGCGCCGCCGGAGGAGGACCACGUCGCGGAGCACGCGUGGGCGGAGACCGUCGCCGCGGCGCUCGAGGACCUCGACGAGCCCGACGACGGGUCGGAGGAGGAGGCGGCGGCGGUGCCGCCGCCGCCGCCGGACGCGUGA